GCAGUCGGAGGGAACAUCAUGACCGCCAGCCCUAUCUCGGACCUCAACCCCGUGUUCAUGGCAUCUGGCUGCCUGCUCACCUUGUCCUCUGAAGGUGGUAAACGCGUUGUGCGGAUGGACCGAGAUUUCUUCACAGGCUACAGGAAGACCGUGGUGAAGCCGCAGGAAAUAUUGCUCUCCAUCGAGAUCCCCUACACCAAGAAGGGAGAGUAUUUCUCAGCAUAUAAGCAAGCCCAGAGGCGGGAUGACGACAUCGCAAUCGUGAACUGCGGGAUGAGAGUCGCUUUCAAGGAAGGCACUGACAUUGUGGAAGAGCUGGGGCUGAGUUACGGAGGCAUGGCUCCGACCACGGCGUUUGCAAAGCAGACGUGUAAACGGCUUCUUGGAAAGAAAUGGAACAAGUCGAUGCUCCAGGAAGCCUGCUCCCUGCUCGCUGAUGAACUCACACUCUCGCCCUCUGCUCCUGGUGGCAUGGUUCAAUUCCGACGCACCCUGACUCUCAGCUUCUUCUUCAAGUUCUACCUCAGUGUCCUCCAGAAGUUGGGUCAAGACUUCAAGAACGAUUUCCAAGUCGAAUCUAUUCCUCCAGAUUACCUCAGUGCCACGGAAUUAUUCCACAAGGACCAACCUUCAGCAGUUCAGCUGUUCCAG